CAUUCCAACCAGUCCCACUUGCUAAUAAUGCACCCUCAACCUCUUACAGAAAGGAACCUUGCCAGAAGUAAUCACUCUCUCUGUGGACAUAUAUAGGGUUUCCUUUCAUCUACACAAUAUUGGAUCCAUCAACACCAGAGGCCUCAAACACUACUUACUUCUCUGCCAUCACUAGAUAUGCUUCAAUCAACCUCUGCAAAAUAGAUUUCUGCGUCUCCAACAAAAUUGGUUUUGUUGGAUCUUGGAAACUAGGUUUGGCUUCUGUUUAAUAAUCUCUGGUCUCAUCAGUUAUCUUGGAAGGAAUACUUUAAGCUGCUAUUUAAGCUCCAUCGUCACCAAUGAAGAAAAGGAGCAUAUAGAAUAAAUUAAUUUAAUAGAAAUGGAUGAGAGAAUUUGUAUAUCUGAGGAAGAAAAGAGUGAAAGUAGCAGACCCUCUUCUGCAAGUCUCAGAAGAAAACGUUCAUUCUUCGAUUUGAAUGAAGAAGCUGUGGAUGAUGGAGAUGGUAGCACCAGUGAUGAUCCCAUCAGUAACAAUGAGAUAUCAUCUCAAGAGGGUAAUUUGAGUAGUAACAAUAACUCAAGUGAUGAAGGGAAAGAGCGUGGAACUGCUGUUAGGCAAUAUGUUCGGUCCAAAAUGCCAAGACUCCGUUGGACCCCUGAUCUUCAUUUAGCUUUUGUGCAUGCUGUCGACAGGCUUGGUGGACAAGAAAGAGCAACCCCCAAGUUGGUUCUCCAGUUGAUGAAUGUGAGAGGACUUAGCAUUGCACAUGUAAAGAGCCAUUUACAGAUGUAUCGAAGUAAAAAGCUUGAUGAGUCUGGCCAAGUUUUGUCUCAGAAUAGGGCAAUGCAGGGAAGGCACAGUAUUUUCGAUAUGUAUGGAAGACUCAAUGCCCCACGACACUUUGUGGUUGAUAACAGAAAUUAUGUUCCAUCAUCUCUGCUCAUGGAACAAUCACCUUAUCAGAUCAGUGCUCACUCUUCAAGAUUACACCCGACAGGGUUUUUCAAUAGUCACCACAUG